AUGAUGCCCAACCCCGAUGAGGUGAAAAAUAAGUUUUACGAAGAUCUGCACGCGCUCCUGGCUACUGUGCUGAGGUCGGACGAGCUGACUACCCUUGGGUAUUUCAACGGUCAGAUCACAGCCUGCUUUCACCUCUCGCUACGGCCGAAGAUAUCCUGGAUGCAUUCCCGUUCCAGAAAAUGGCAUCUUCUGGACUUUGUCCUCGUACGACAGCGGGGCAGGCGAAACGUGCGGAUGACAAAGACAGUCCCAAAUGCUGACGGAUGGACCGACCAUCGCCUCAUCAUCUCUAAGAUGAGUAUUGGCGUUUAG